AUGGACCACGGCUUGAGAACAGAAAGGACUGGCAAGGGUCAGCGCGACUAUUUUCAUUUUGAAAGCAGGUUCCCAUGGGCUUUAGAGAGCCUAGGAACAUCACAACUAUGGAGAAGGACUGAUGUGCCUUCAGAAAAGAAGCCCAGAACCCUUUCCACCGGUGAAGGUGUGGCGUUCAUUUCCGCUUUGGCAGUUGGAAUUGCUUUGAUUGUACUAGUAUCUGUUUUUGUCAUAUUUCGAAGACGAUACGGCCCACGGUAUACGGUCCGAUGCUUCGUCACUGGAAAUCGCCCAAAGACAGAUCGGCACGCCCGAUCUAUCGGACUCGAGCAUCCAUGCAGGGAAACACAUCCCAUUCCCAACCGGACGAGCACGAAAACGAACCCCGGGGACAGCAAGUGUGCGACAGGGACGGACAAUCCCCACCGCAUGUCCACACUGAGCCAGGCGCAAACAGAGACCGAUAGCAGGCAGUCGACGGCAAUCGAUCCUAACCGCCUAAGUGCGCCACCGCGAGACCCUUCUCCUGGAAAGACACAAGUGGAGAACAAAGAAUCCGGAAAUACUGGACGCAGGGAACCACCACCACCCGCCUUGCAACGGCCUGAUCUCCGCGCAGCGACAGAGCAACUUAGGGCUCUCGCCCCAACAAGUCCUUGCUCCAGUCGAUUUACGACGACCACCCAGUCCUCAGGCCCGUUACCAUCCAUCUACCGUAUGGCGCUGGAAUCCCGCAGCCACAAACGCAAUAGCAGCAACAAUACAAACUGCCGAUCCUCUGACCAGGAUGCACGUAGCGCAGUGGAGAGUGAGGACCGUGUGCUGAGUUUACCGUCGCCAUCGCCUAUGCUCCGGAAUAUGCUCCGGCCCAGCCCUAAACCCGAGCCGUCGCAAUCCCAUGUGUAUCGGAUGAUCCAGCGACCACUGUCGGCUCAUCAUUGUGAUACGACAGUAUAUGAGAAUGAUGCUGUCUUGCCUAUGCUUCCACGGAGUGUUUUUGCCGUGAAUGAUCUUGUUGUUAGUAAAUAA